CGGAGCCACCUGAACCGUUGUAGCCAAGAUAUUAGCAUGCUGUGGUUACAUCCAUUGAUCUUAGAAGCCUAGAGUGGCCGGAUGGCGUGCUUUGGACUCUAUUGUGGGAAGACCUUAUUAUUUAAAAAUAGCUCAACUGAAAUAUAUGGAGAGUGUGGGGCGUGCCCAAGGGGACAGAGGACAAACGAAGAGAAACACUGCCAGCCCUGCACAGAGUCCCCGGAACUUUAUGACUGGCUUUACCUUGGGUUCAUGGCGAUGCUCCCUCUUGUUUCCCAUUGGCUCUGCAUUGAAUGGGACUCAAGGAAAAGUUGUUCCAGCGGCGUGCUUUUCCAGCAAGCCUCUGCCUUAUUUGAAUGCAGUAUGGCAGCCGUGAUCACAUUACUUGUAAGUGAUCCCCCCGGUACCCUUUCCAUCUAUUCUUGCGGGGUACUGAUGCUUUCAGAUUGGUAUACGAUGCUCUACAAUCCUAGUCCGGAUUACAUCACCACCCUGCACUGCACGCAGGAAGCCGUGUAUCCUCUGUACACCAUCGUGUUUAUUUAUUACGCGUUCUGCUUAGUAUUCAUGAUGCUGCUCCGACCAUUUCUGGUGAAGAAGAUCCAGUGGAGCCUAUACAUGCCAAACCCGUUUGAAAGCAUUUACACCGCCCUCUACUUCUUCCCUGUUUUGACUGUGCUGCAAGCCGUUGCAGGAGGCCUCUUGUACUAUGCCUUUCCGUAUAUCGUAUUGGUGUCAUCUGUGGUUAAUCUGGCUGUGUACCUGGUCUUUGCCAAAAUAGAGAGCUACAUCGACCUCAUAAAAAAGGACAGACUUCUUGUCCUGUUCUGCCACUGGUUUCUUCAUGCCUAUGGCUUAAUCGCCCUCUCCAGAGAGGACCAAUUUGAGCAAGAUCUGAUCCUUUUAAUUCUGGUACCCGUCCCGGCCCUAUUCUACUUCUUCACUAACAAAUUUACCAAACCAUCGCGGAUAAUCUCGGAAGGAGCCAAAGGACAAUGAACACAAAAUAGGAAGGA